ACUUCAAAUACAAAGACGAUGGCUUCUAUAUUCUUUUCAGUUCUCUUGGCUCUAUCAGUACUCUCUUCACCCUUUCUCCUAAACGCAAACGCUCAUACAAAACUUGGCUUCAGCGCGGAUCUGAUCCACCGCGACUCUCCUAAAUCGCCUUUCUACAAUCCGACAGAAACCUCUGCUCAGCGUCUAAGAAACGUGGUUCACCGAUCCGUAAACCGUGUUGUCCAUUUCAACGGAAAAGAUGCAUCAGUUAACUCACCUCAAACUGAGAUAACCUCAGAUGGAGGUGAAUAUCUCAUGAAUAUAUCGCUGGGGACUCCUCCCUUCCCGAUCAUGGCGAUCGCUGACACGGGAAGCGAUCUCCUAUGGACCCAGUGCAAGCCAUGCGAUGACUGUUACACUCAGGAUGGUCCUCUUUUUGACCCUAAAGCGUCUUCUACAUACAAAGACGUUUCUUGCUCCUCAAGACAAUGUACUGCCCUUGAGAAUCAAGCCACUUGUUCGACAGAAGACAACACUUGCUCCUACACUUUGUCUUACGGGGACAAGUCUUACACAAAGGGUAAUGUUGCCGCCGACACCGUAACGCUUGGCUCCACUGAUAACCGCCCCGUGCAGCUCAAAAAUAUCGUCAUUGGAUGUGGUCACAAUAACGCUGGAACAUUCAGCAAGAAGGGCUCUGGAAUCAUUGGACUUGGUGGCGGUUCGGUUUCGCUCAUUUCGCAACUCGGAGACUCAAUCGAUGGCAAAUUCUCGUACUGCUUGGUCCCUCUCUCUUCAGAUAACGAUAAAACAAGCAAGAUCAACUUUGGAACUAAUGCGGUUGUGUCGGGAAAUGGAACUGUCUCAACUCCAUUGAUCACAAAAUCGCAAGCAACAUUCUAUUACCUAACCCUAGAAUCCGUUAGCGUGGGUAGCAAGAGUAUCAAAUACCCAUCGGUAUCAGAUUCUUAUGGAAGCAGCGGCAAGGGGAACAUCAUCAUCGACUCUGGCACAACUCUGACCAUGUUCGCAACCGACUUUUACUCCGAACUCGAAGAUGCGGUUGCGUCCUCAAUCGAUGCUGAGAAAAUUAACGAUCCACAAAACGUGUUGAGUCUGUGUUACAGCGCAACCGCUAAGCUGAAUGUUCCAGUCAUUACUAUGCAUUUCGAUGGAGCAGAUGUGAAGUUAGACUCCUCCAAUGCCUUCAUACAAAUCUCUGAGGAUUUGGUUUGCUUCGCCUUCCGUGGGGACGACCAGUUGGCCAUUUACGGGAAUAUAGCACAGAUGAACUUCCUUGUUGGCUACGACACCGUUUCUAAAACGGUCUCAUUCAAGCCAGCAGAUUGUGCAAAAAUGUAGCUGGUUCUUUCUAUUCUUCAAACUAUACUAGUUUUUUUUUAACAAUAAUAAUGACUGAAUUUAUUUUGGCC